AUGCCUCUCAACCGGGAGGCUCAGCGAUGGAAGUACCUAUAUAGAAUUCUCACCCGUGCGGGCCCCUUCAGCGAUGAGGAUUGGGUUCCCGGACCAGAAACUAUUACGGGGCUUGAAAGUUCUAAAAUUCUAGGAGCUGGAGGUUUAGGAUGUGAAAUCUUGAAGAACUUGGCACUAUCAGGAUUUAAAGACAUCCAUGUUAUAGAUAUGGAUACCAUCGACAUAUCAAAUUUGAACCGGCAGUUUUUAUUCCGGCAGGAAGAUGUGGGAAAGCCCAAGGCUGAAGUCGCUGCAACUUUUGUGGAGCGAAGGGUGAAAGGAGUCAAGAUUACUCCUUACGUUGGGAGGAUUCAAGACAAGGAUCACGAUUAUUACAUGCAAUUUAGAAUGGUUGUAUGUGGGCUCGACAGCGUCGAGGCGCGACGCUGGAUAAAUUCGACUCUAGCUGAAAUGGUAGAUAUAUCAAACCUGGAAAGUUUAAAACCCCUGAUUGAUGGUGGAACAGAAGGGUUCAAGGGACAGGUCCGGGUUAUCGUUCCCAGACUAUCUUCAUGUAUCGAGUGCCAAAUCGACAUGCAUGCACCCCGCGCUGCAGUGCCAUUGUGCACAAUUGCAUCGAUCCCUCGACAGCCACAGCACUGUAUUGAGUGGGCACAUCAAAUUGCAUGGGGAGAACAGCGACAGGGCGAAGAAUUCGACGGCGACGACAUGGAACAUGUUACAUGGAUUUAUAACACGGCAUUGGAACGGGCGGAAAAGUUCAAUAUCCCCGGAGUGACAUUCUCGAUGGUCCAAGGCGUUGUAAAAAACAUCAUCCCUGCAAUCGCAUCCACAAAUGCCGUGAUUGCCGCCGCUUGCACCUCGGAAGCGCUAAAGAUUGUAACAACUUGCAAUCCCUAUUUAGACAACUAUAUGAUGUACGCUGGAGAGGAAGGGGUUUAUACAUACACAUUUACUGCAGAGCAGAAAAAAGAUUGCUUUGUGUGCGGCAGUUCAGCCAAACCGAUCAUCGUAGAUCCGGAAUCGACUUUGGAGGAGUUUAUUAUGUCUCUAGGGGAACUACCGGAAGCCCAGCUGAAAUCUCCUAGCUUGAGAUCAGCGGCAAUGAUGCUUUAUCAGCGUGCUCCACGACAACUGGAAGAGUAUACAAGGCCCAAUUUGACGCGAAAAUUGAAAGAACUUGUUAGCGAUGGAGAUGAGGUCGCUGUAAGCGACCCUGCUUACACAAUUGAUUUCCGAUUCCGAAUGACCUUUAAAUGA